AUGAACUCAGAACACAGCAUUCUGGAUAUUGUAGGCAUCCUGGCUGUUCCAAGCCACAAUAAAAUAAUGUUUUCUGAAGUAUAUGAAAAGAAGAAGACCGGUGACGGUGAUUUUCUGCAGUUGAUUGACAGCAAGAUUUGUCGCCCAAAUGUGUUAGGCUUGACUAGCGUUGUGUGGCCCCUUAGCAUGUUGAACGAUGACGAUUCCAUCCACUUCCAUGUGGCACCAUUCCCAGAUGGAUUCUCACCCUGUGGUUCUCUCAGCACUAUUGAAGCUGCACCUCUGCAUGACUUCAUGCUUCGUGCCCCUCGCGCUGCCAUCGAGGUUACACCUCUUGUAUAUCAGUUCCUGCCUCCUGCCACUCUCACUCGCAUCGAGGCUGAGCCUUUUGAACAUUCAAUCUCUCUCCCUCCUGCUGAUGGUGAGGGUGGAUCUACUUUUUUUCCACCUGGCCCUUCAUCAAACGGGCAAAGUUGGUCCACCAAUUUUGAUUUUGGUUUCAAUUUCCCAACUGUCACUGGGUCUGAAGGGUACCUGGACAAUUCAAUGUUCGAUGAUUACCAAAUGGCUUCUGAUGCGUUGGUUGGAUACCGCGAACCCAUCCCCAUCACUCCAAUGAUUGUGCUCCAUAAACAGCUCAUCUGGAAAGGUGUAGAUGCACCGCUCCAUCCCGACUACCGAUCAGCCAUCACCGAGGCACUGAAACACACUCCCUGGAACUGCCCAAUAUUUUUGACGAACUGCUUUUUAACAGUGAUAGCUCUCAGUGGAACAACAAUGGAUGAAUUACAUGACCAACUAUCAUGGCUAGUGACAGUGGUAACAGGCAAGAUGGAAUUUGAAUCCAUUGGAUGGGAUAUGCUUCGCCUCACUUUCUUGAAUCACAUUGUGAACAGAACUUCAGAUAUGCGCAAAGUCGUCUGGGGAUGCAUUCAUACACCAACGGGAUUUUCAGAAAAUCAGAACCAGGCCAAGCAGGCAAGAGUUGAUUACUUUUUUGUGCUUCUCGACUUGGACAAUCGGGAACUUGUACAACAAGGCAUAAUGGAAGCAACACAACUUCAUAUGUUUCAGGAACUUGUAUGGAUAGCGCUAUUGCAACCCACAAUCGGCUUGGCCCAGAACAGAAAUGAGAAUGGGAGAAUUGCAGAUCUAUUCCCUGAAGAAGUGCGUAGUGGGGACUCUAAUGACCAUUAUAUACCACACAUUUCAUAUCUGGCGCUCACCGAAGACCCAGGGUCACAGACUGGAUCUCAUCUUUCCCCAGUUCAAGGAGGCACGAUGAACUCAGGAAUGACACGAUCAUUAAGGAUUAGUUUAUCCCUGUCGCUAGCACUUGGAAUAGGCACGGUGACUGGCUGUGCUGCUCACCCCCUCAUGCACAGGGAUGACUAUGCAGAAGUCGAACAACGAGCUUAUGAGCUGAGAGCAGACCAGACCAGACCAGACCAGACUGAGUUCAACGACUCACUUGAUGCGGGCAGACACAAGUGUCUAUCAUUGUUUGGUUGGCGUCUGAUCGUCAACAUCUCAAUUUGGAAUUAUCGGUCAUUCAGCGCUACUAAACUACUUUGGGCAAUCUUAAAGAUGUCUCGUGCAAUACACACAGCAUGCAUGGGACCGCUACCUGUAAGAGAUCGAAAAGUCUUAACUGUCGUUGUGCCGCGCUCGCGCCAUCUGGCAGCCAUCAAGGACAGCUUCGUCCGCUCCAUAAAUAAAGUAAAAUCACUGCUUUGGCUACCACGUUGCUGCGUACUCAAGCUGCCAUGCAAGAUCCCAACUGAGGGAACUGAUCCGCAGACCAAGCUGCUCAGUCGCAGCAUACCUAUCUGGCCGACGCAGCUUCGGCAGUACACCAAAAUAACAUUGCUUGAAUCUUUGAGUCGCGAUUACAAUGUGCAGAAGAUACAGAUCGACUUCGCUUGGUUCAUUGCCUUGAUUUUUGAUAAAGUCGAUUUAACCGCCGGCAUCGUGACAGACGUGAAGUACGUGGGCAUUGGGAAUAAUUUAUUCAUCCGUCAGGAGCGGUAUACCACUACAAUGCGAGAAGUGCUCGAAUCUUGGAUUGAGGUGUCAAGAACUAAACUGAACAGAAAACAGUGGUUGUUAGUCAUCGAGCCGACCCUAGCGAGAGGAAAAGAAAUCUAUCCAUAUUGCUAUGUGGUGCCCGAGAAUCGCAUUAUCACCUGGAUCGAACCUGUGGAUGGCUAUCUCCUCUUCCAAGAAUGUAUGAUGGUAUGGAACUGGAACCACAAAAGACUCGAACUUGAGGCCCAAUACUGGAAACAUGUCGAAUAUUUCCUGCAUGGGAUCGAAAUAUGUCUUUCAGAAGUGCCUGAUCAAAAUGAGCUGAAAGACAACAGAGGCCUUAGCCUUAGAACAAUCUACUGCGGGCUCGAUAUUCUGGACUUUGGAGCAAAUGAAAGAAAUGGCUGGGGAGCUAGCCACUGCAGACGUCGAUUGAGAAACAAAAUAGGACACCACGAAUACUUGAACCACCAUGGCCAACCCGAAGCUCGCUUGAUGCGAACACAUUCACUGGGUGAGAGGCGCAGAGAUCUGGACAAAUCUCCCUUCAUGGCCAGCGUCACAGUUGCUAUGCUCUGGAUCCCAAUAAUGGUGCUUGAACGACUCCGAAAAAUUUAUGUUGAUGAUCUUGUCAAUGGGAUGGACAUGAGGGGCUUCAUAGACAAUUUCAGUGCACAAGCUAAGUCUCAAACUACGGUUGCAAGUGUCAUCAUGGCAGUCAAUGCCAGCAUCCUUGCCAUCCCAGGUUUAGGUUCAACGCUUGCUACAAAGACGCUAUGUUCCAUCUCUUUUGUUCUCAGCGUCCACUGCAUUAUUGCAUGCAUGGUGGCACAACAAUUUGGCCACUGA